UCCAUUUUCACUCUCCCCCUCAGUGUGCGGGGGAGCUCUGUCACUUGGGGUCGUCUGUUUGCGGGUGUUCUGCGCCCUUCCCAAAAAGGGCAGGGACCUUUGCAGCUCCAGCCGAGCAUCUGGGCACAGGAAGAUGUAUAAGAGGGGGUCCAGCAGGGUGUUGAGGUUGGUCAAGCCGUAACACAGGCGAUAGUUCCUGCUCAACCUUGACAAGUCCACACGGCUCGUCGGUCAGCAGCAAGGACACAAACCUGUAUCCGCCCACGAGGUGGUACGGCCCGAAGACGACAAUGAAAUUGACUGUGAUUAUGACCAGGAUGCCCACAAUUUUGUGUUGCUCGUGGUCAGAGAGGGAUGGAGAUCGACGGAGUGUCACCCCGAUGUGUGCUGAGGUGUAGCUGAGGGAGGAAGCAGAGAUGAAGAUGAGAUCCUCAGCCUGUUCAUCAGACAAUAAAAACAAUGACACUGUCUCCUAUUGACAGUAAAGUCUAAAGUUUUCUUUGUGAAACCCACAGGAUGCCACAAAUGAAGUAGCCCAACAAUGAUGUCCAUCAUGUUCCCUGAUUUUCCAACAUUUUUAAUUUCUCAGAUUUCAUUAAGAUGAUAAAAGGCCGGCCUACACACUGAGGUUAUGUGGCUGCUAAGGUUUCCAUGAAAACUACAACAACAACAACAGCACGUUUCGACUGGACGUUUCGACUAUCAUACUUUGUCUUUGUCGACGCAAUAAAGUCGAUGAUCUCCUCAACCUCAAAUGAUAAAUCACAAAGCUCCAUAAAAAACUGCUGCCAUUUUCCUAAGUGAUAGUUUCUUUUUGAAAAGGAAUUUGACGAGACCAAAAGACUAUAUUCCUUCAGCGUCUGACUCUAAUGUGCUUCCUUUUGAGUUUUGUAACUUCCGAUGACUCAACAUGUGUCCAACAAGCUGAGCUAGGCACUGCAUUGUAUAGGAACCAACCAUGACACAGGCCUCAUCGGAGUCUUGACAAGCAGCUAUUCCUGCUUGAAAUAGUGAUUCGUUUCACACACUCCACUCUGUCGUAAAUCUCAGCAGUGUGAAGCAAAGGAUCCACACGUUUUCACUCCAGGAUGGCGCACGUCACAUGUCUUUUCAACCAGCGCCCGUACGUCAGCUUUAACCCGUCAAACCAAACAGUCAGCAUGAACUCUCCCAGUGUCGUUGCCAUUUCCCUCCACGGCUUGUUCUCUUCCAUUGGCAUCGUGGAAAACCUCCUCAUCCUCGGCGUGGUGGGCUUCCAUGUCCGCCGCUUGGUCAUCAGCGUCUGGAUCCUGAACCUCGCGGCCUCCGACCUGCUGGCCACCAGCUCCCUUCCCUUCUUCACCCUCUACAUGGCACGCGGCAACACCUGGACACUGGGCAGGACCUUCUGCCGCAUCUACUCCUCCGUCUUCUUCCUCAACAUGUUCGUCAGUGGCUUCCUGCUGGCGGCCAUUUCCAUGGACCGCUGCCUGGUGGUGCUGAGACCUGUUUGGGCCCAGAACCACAGGGACAUUCGACUCAUGGGAAAGACAUGUGGGGUGAUUUGGGCCUUGGCUGUGGUCUGCACUAUCCCUUUCUACAUAUUCCGUGACACUAUUCACAUUUCCAAAGACAACAUUUUCUGUUACUACAGUUACACUGUGUUUCUCCCAAGUGAGCCGUAUGACCUGAAAGCUUUAUGUAAGCAGCACAAGGAGGCCUUGGCCUUCAUGAAGCUCUUUGUAGCCUUCCUGAUCCCUCUGUUGAUCAUCAUCCUCAGCUAUGUUACCCUGAAUGCCCACUUGGUGCGCAAAGGCUCCCGACGCCCUUUCCGCUUCGUUCGGCUCGUGGUGGCCGUGGUGGUGAGCUUCGUUCUCUGCUGGGCUCCGUACCACUUCUUUAUCAUCAUGGAGGUGAUGGCUCCCAGUGGGCAUCCCCUGCAGAAAUUCGCAAGCGAUGCCUUGAGAAUCGCUGCGACCAUUGGCUUCCUCAACAGUGUCCUCAACCCCGUUCUGUACGUGUUCAGCUGCCCUGACCUGUGCACUAAGAUCAGACAAUCUCUGGGUGCAGUGAUGGAGAGUGUUCUGGCCGAGGAUCUAGCAGAGCUGGCCCGGCGCCACAGCACCGCCCACAGCUCCAUCAGCACCGCCACCGAGGUUAUGAUGAAGCCGAGGAAAUCCUUCGCGAAACUGGGUCUGAAAACAGAGGAGCAAGAGCAGGAUGAAAGUAUUGCUAACCCUACUCCUAACUGUUUACUUCCACUUCACUGAGAACCAUUAUUAAUUUAAAAAUGAGCCUAGGUUUCAGGCCUUUAAUUCCAAAUUUCAAUUGUUUUCUAACUUAAGCUGAUCAUAUUUAAGUAAGAUGUGCCCUGUGUUUUCUGGUCUAGUCCAGUUUACAUUUGCUGUUUCCUACUUAAUAAGGAACUUAAUCCAUGUUUGCCUGCUGUCGUCCUUUGACGAUAAUGUACAUUACAAGGCAUCAUACUCAUCGGUUUAACAACAGAGUUGAAAGUUUUUAUUCACUUCUUUUCCAAGGGCAGUAGAGGAUUAGAGUUUCUAUAACGUUUGUGAAUACUCGCAACAAGUUUGUUUUUAUGUUGCAUCUUUUAUACCUGUCAAAUGUAUGAGAACUGCUGUAACAAAAUGUGUUACUCUGAACGCUUGAUUUGAUGUGUAUCCACAGUAUUGCCUCCGUUUUUUUCUCUCUCUCUUGAGGUCUCUCACUAGAUCUUAUCAGUAGCUGUGAGAGCUGGCACAAGCACAUCUUUGAAAAACAAUGUACUCUUGCUGAUUUUCAAAAAAUGAAUCUACACCUUGUCCAAUAUAGAGGAUAGAAGAUGGAUGCCUUAAAUUUGACUUCACGUCUCUUUCAGUUUCCAUGAUUUUACUCCUUGCAUAUUUUAUUUCUGCUCCUUUUAAUACUGUUACGUGACAUUUCUAAACAUUAAUAAAGAAACAGAAAAGCA